AUGUCAAGCUAUAAACAUAAGUCUGGAGCUUUGAAAAGAAAGCUCCAGAAAGAAAAAUUAGAACAAUCUGCUAAAGGUCGCCAGGAUAUUAAGAAGUUUUUUAAGAGUAAUGAAAAAGAAGAGUUGCAAGAAUUUCAACCGGAUUUCAAUCCAGAACCUACAUCAGCCUCACAGACCCAACCUUCUUCAGCUUCAAUCCAAAAUGCUUCUACGUCUACUGUAUGUGAGGGAAGUAAUGACGAAUGUGCUAGUGCUGAUCCAAAUCUUAGUAAGGAUACUGUCGAUGACAAUAAAACUUUUAAUUUUGACGAUCCUAAUACGUGGCCUGCGGUGAUGAGUGAUAAAAUACGGCAGGAAAUAGUAUUGUGCUACGGUGGUUUUCAAGCUUUUCAGGCCAGAUCAAAAUCAUUUCCAGCUGACCCCUCAGGAAAACAUUUCCAUGAAACAUUGUUGUACAUGAAAACAGACAACAGAACAUGUAAAGCAAUUCCACGUGAAUGGUUAAUGUGGAGUGAAACAAAAAACAGCAUUCAUUGUUUACCCUGUAGCAUUUUCCAUUCAAACCAAAACAAAAGUAAACUUGCAAAAGAAGGUUUUUUCCCUGAAAAACAACAAUACAAACGAUUAUACAGGUUAUUUUCGAUGCAUGAAAGAAGCUCUGAGCACAGAAAACACUACCUAGAAUGGAAAAGUCUUCAGAUAUCAUUGAAAGGACAUGGUGUCGACAGCAAUCUGCAACAGAUUAUUAACUGUGAAGCAACAAGAUGGAAAGCUAUUCUUCAACGAAUUUUGGACACAACAAUAUUCUUGAGUAGUAGAGGUUUAGCUUUCCAAGGGGAAAAUACCCAGAUCGGUGAUGUUCACAAUGGAAACUUUUUAGGAGUAUUGGAAUUAAUAGGAAAAUAUGACGAAGUAACUCGUGAACAUUUAGCCAAAGUAAAAGAAAACCAGUUGAAUAAAAAAAGAACUGAUGAUGUAUACAAUUCAAAGAGGUUUGGAUAUCCCAAUUUUGAUUUUUGA